AUGCACGUCUCCUCGCUCGCGGGACUCGCCCUCUUGGGCGCCGCGACGGCCAAAAAUAUGUUCCCCCGACAGACCGCCGCGCCGUCUCCCACGAGCGCGACAGCACCGCGGGUCUCGGCGAUCACGGCAUGCCAUCUUCACGGAUCAGAUGUAUUCUGCAUGGCGGGAGAAACGGAAUAUCUCCUUCACACGACGCCCACACAGACCACCAAUAUUCCUGCACAAUUUACAGGAUGCCACAGCCACGGCUCUGAAAUGUUCUGCGUCGGGCCCGACGGAGACGACGUGCAAGUCGAGGUUCCCGGCGCCGGAGGCGACAGCACUCAUCAAGUAGGACAAGGCCAACACGGCGGCGAGUCCAAAGACGGCGGCCAUAAGCACUGCCAUUUUCAUGCCGGCGUGGAACAUUGCGUAGGCGGCAACGAGAGUGAAGAAUCCGCCGCGCCAAAAUGCGACACCACCCCAAGAGAUUACGACAUUGGCCUCCGAAUCGGCCUGCUCUUCGUCAUCAUGGCCACGAGCGCCUUGGGUGUUUUUGGACCCAUCCUCCUCCACAAAGUCAUGCCCAGAAGACUGUCUCCGAUAUUCACGCUCCUCAAACAGUUCGGUACCGGGAUUAUCAUCUCGACCGCCUUUGUUCAUCUCUUCACCCACGCCUCCCUCAUGUUCACUAACAAAUGCAUCGGCGAUCUGGGCUACGAGGGAACCACAUCCGCCAUCCUCAUGGCCGGUAUCUUCCUCUCCUUCCUCGUCGAAUACAUCGGCCAGCGGAUUGUCUUUGCCAAGGCUAGAUCCGUCGCCUCGUUGACCAAAGAGGAACAAGCACAGGCCCUGCUGUCUACAGAGGUGGUGAGCAUCCUGGUCAUGGAAGCCGGUAUCUUGUUCCAUUCCUUGCUGAUCGGGUUGACGCUUGUCGUUGCUGGAGAUGCCUUCUUCAUUACCUUGUUCAUCGUCAUUCUUUUCCACCAAGUCUUCGAAGGCUUGGCGCUCGGAACCCGGAUUGCCACCAUUGGAGGUUCCACCGACGUCCAUCUUCUACCUCCUGCCGCCCAUCAUCGCUCGGGCGGGGGCGUCGAACAUGAUACCGACAAAUCGGCCAAGUCUCCUACCGAGGAGACAGCAGACGCCUCUUCGACUCUUUAUUCCGCUACAUUGUCAAUGAAGAAGAAGCUCGGCCUCGCCGCGCUCUUCGCGUUUGUUACGCCUAUUGGCAUGGCUAUUGGUAUUGGUGUCCUGCACAAGUUCAACGGCAACGACAAAUCAACCAUUAUUGCCAUUGGUACUCUGGACGCCCUUUCAGCUGGUAUCUUGGUUUGGACUGGCGUAGUGGAAAUGUGGGCAGCUGACUGGAUGACCGGCUCUCAUGGUCACAGAGCCGAGUUGGCUGAUGCGAACAUGCUUACCGUCUGCCUCGGCGGAUUUGGUUUGGUCGCGGGUAUGGCCGUGAUGAGUUUCCUGGGGAAGUGGGCAUAG